AUGUACUUCCUGUACAUCAAGAGCAUCUCGCGAGAGCUGGCACUCGAGGCCAUCAGCUACGGCUCGGAGGAAGUGUGCGCCACGAGACGGACGAUGGGCGUGGCUUACGCGCCGUCGUGCUCAGGGACCGACGAGUUUGUGCGGAUGUUGUCGACGAAGAACCGGGACGAGGAAAAGGAAAAUGGCCCAUCAAAUACGGAUUCCAUUUUCGGGUUCACCACAGAGGACGACGCCUUGAAAUUCCAAGCCGAUAAUCCGCUGCUAAUCUCGCUAAUCCUCUCCUUCCCUGACCUCUCGCAGAGCGACUGCGUCAUCAAGAGAAACACCAGAGUCAUUUUCCGUGAGCCUCAGAGUUUUCUCCCCGUCAAGCUGGAUAACUUGUACUCGAACCCGGACCCUACGGCUCUUGGACAGAUGAACGAUUCCGAUGAGCAAAGCUUCUACUCCCUGUACAGAACCACCCACUUCAUGCAGAUGAAGUUAGCCGAGGCGUUCAUUCGUUACUGGGGCGGCAAGGCUUUACCCAACGACACCAACAUUUUCACCAAAAGGCUGCCGUCGCUGCCCCACGAAAGGGAGGUGUUUGGGAAGUUCUUGAAGAACCUGUCCGUGUUCUUUCUGGUGAUGUUCAUGAUGAGCAUCGUCAUCAAUACAGGGGAUUUGAUCAUUGAGAAGAACACACACAUUAAGAUAGCCAUGGUCCAGGUUGGACUCGAUCUCACAGCUCACAAGAUUUCCUGGUUCCUGACCUUCUUCCUCAAGUACCUCACCCCCAUCGUCCUGACCUCGACCUUGAUGUGCAUGCCGCUGGUGACGCGGCCCGUGCUCACCCAGACGGAAGUGACGCUUCUCAUCGCCUUUCUCAUGGCCUACGCCCUGGCCAUGAUGAGUUUCUCCUACCUGGUCAGCGCAUGCGUCAACAAAACCUCUUUUGAAGCGGUCACUUCCGGUAUCGUCUUCGUCCUGUUCUACCUGCCGUGGUACACGAUCAACAUGGUGGGCGUGGCCUAUAUGAGCUACGGCACGCUCAUGUUCUGGUGUCUCUUCUUCAACACCGCCAUGGCCGUGGGGGCGAACGUCAUUUACCUGCAUGAGACUCACAUGAAACCCCUCAGCUGGUCUACGGCCUCCUCCCACGGGGACAACCUGGUGACGGUCAACCUACUGGAGGCCACACUCAUGCUGCUGCUGGACGCCAGUGUGUACUCACUCCUGGCCAUGUACAUCGAGCAGGUCAACCCGGGGGAGCUCGGCAUACCCAAACCUUAUUUGUUCUUUCUUCAGAGUUCGUUGUGGACAAAGUCGGAGUCUAAAACAUAUGGAGAGGCUAACACGCCGGAAACUGAUGCCAAAUUUGAGGCUGAACCAGCUAACUUGCAGAUGGGAAUUCAAGUCAAUAAUAUAAAUAAGAGCUAUGGGGAAAAUAAGGUUCUGGCUAACGUUUCCUUAAACAUAUACGAGGAUCAGAUUACAGUUAUAUUGGGCCACAAUGGUGCAGGCAAAACAACGCUCUUUAAUAUUUUAACAGGGGUGACCCGGCCCUGCUCAGGUACUGCUGUCCUGAGGGGUUACGACAUCGGCACCAAGGUCUACAGAGUGCGCAAGUUCCUGGGGGUGUGCCUGCAACACAACGUGCUCUUCGACAACCUCACUGUGUGGGAACACAUGUAUCUCUACGCCAACUUGAAAGGUGGCGAUGUCGUGGAGCAGGAGCUGAACGAACUGAUGAAAAAGGCAAGCCUCGAUGACAAGUCGGACAAGGUGGUCAGCACAUUGGCCAGUGGGCACAAACGGAAGUUGUCCAUAGCUCUAGCGCUAGUUGGUGGUUCAGAGGUCAUCGUUCUAGACGAGCCCACCACCAGCAUCGACCCCCACUCCCGGCGCCAGAUCUGGGAUCUCCUGAGAGCCUACAAGACCGGCCGGACCGUGCUGCUCUCCACUCAGAACAUGGAGGAGGCCGACGCCAUAGGAGACCGUAUCGCCAUCAUGGCUAAGGGCAGCUUCAAGUGCUGCGGCAGUCCGAUGUUCCUGAAGAAAACUUACGGGGCCGGGUAUCACCUGAUCGUCGUGAAGACCCCCACGUUCAACCCCCCGGCCCUACAGGAGCUGAUGAAGUCCUACACGGGCACCGCCCAACUCCAGGCUGACCUACAGAACGAGAUGUCCUACCUUCUGCCCGAGGAGGAGAAAUCACAAUUCCCUGAGCUGCUUCAGCUCCUACACACGCACCGUCAGGAGUUGGGCUAUGCUGGGCUGGGCAUCACAGCCACGACGAUGGAGGAAGUUUUUCUUAACGUCGGAUCCGAGGAGUCGCAUGAGUUGGAGACGGGAGAGAACGUGGACCAGGAUGUUGACGUAGACGGCAAUAAACACUUCCCGCCCUUUGACCUCUGCAGCGGCAGCAGCCUGUUCAUGUCGCGGGUCAAGGCCGUGCUGUACAAGAAGAUCUUGUACAGCUGCCGCACCAAAAAGUUGACGUUCCUGCAGCUCUUCCUGCCUGUGCUGUUGGCCGCCUUCCCCAUGACCGCCGAGAUCACCAAACCCUCCGGCGGGGCGUUGACCUUUGACCUGUCCAUCUACGGCGAGACCGUCGUGCCCGUGUCGACGUUGACCUUGAACCAGCAGAAUGCUGACCUUGUUGAUGUUUACUUUAAGCAACUCACUGGCAAACAUGAAAAGCUGAUUUUGGCGGCGAAUAACGAAAAACAGUUCGAUGAGCUUAUGUUGAAGAAAGCGAUGGAGCUGGGGUUUUACUUCUACAAUCGUAAAGUGGUUAUUGGGCUUCUGGUGCAAAACUCGACGGACGGAUUUAGAUUGACGGCCCUUUACAACUCGCUGACGUCACACGCUAGCCCCAUCUCUGUAAACCACGCCAUGAACACGCUGGUCCAGCACUCCCUUGGCCAGACCUUCAGCCUACAGACGGGCUACCAGCCCAUCACCACCCAGGACGCCAACAAGUCUCUCAACGAUGAGGGCAUCAAGCUACUGGCCAUCAACCUCUUCAUCCUCCUAGGCUACUCUUUUACCAUGGGGCUCUUCGUCUAUUUCCCGAUUCACGAGAACCAGUCCGGCUCACGAAAACUACAGUUUUUAUUCGGUUUAAACUUCCUGAGCUACUGGAUACCGACCCUGCUGUGGGACUACAUGCUGUACCUGACCUCCGUGCUGUUGCUGCUACUGCUGCUGUGGGUCUAUGGCCUGAAGGUCUACACCGAAGACGAUCACCUGCUAAUUGUGGCUCAGGUUUUCGCGGCUUUUGGUUGGGCCCUGUUCCCCACAAUCUACAUCGUGCAGAAUUACUUUAACAAGUCUACUGCGGGUUCGCUGUUGGUCAUGGCCUUCGUUUUUUUCCCAGGCUUCUAUGUUGUAUACAAAGUACUGAGCAUGAACGUAAAUCCCUAUUCCAUCCCAGGCUUCUAUGUUAUCUACAAAGUACUGAGCAUGAACGUAAAUCCCUAUCCCACCGCAGGGUUCUAUGUUAUCAACAAAUUACUGAGCAUGAAUGUGAAUCCCUAUUCCAUCCCAGGUUUCUAUGUUAUCUACAAAGUACUGAGCAUGAACGUAAAUCCCUAUUCCAUCCCAGGCUUGUAUGUUAUCUACAAAGUACUGAGCAUGAACGGCUUCAACAGCCAAGAGGACCUGGGGGGUGACUGGGUCGUCCCGUGCCCCGGCUACCACCUGAUGCUGUCCAUGCUGUCCUUGUACAAGAACUUCCUGCUGUCCCAGACAUGUUUUGAUGUCACCUGUGCUGCCGGCACCGCGGCCACCAGGUUUUGCUGCACGCGAAAGUGUGAUGACUCCCAAGGUUUCUGCAACGCUUUUGUCCCUGACUACAUGAGCUUGUACCAACCAGCCAUUGGGGAGUUUGUCAUCUCUAUGGUUUUACAGGGUAACUGUGAGAUGUCCAGCAACGCUUAUGACUGGCGACAGUACGAGAGCCCGGAUGUUGCCAUGGAGAAGAAGCGCAUCAACACGGAGGGGCUGGAGAAGACAGACGCACUUGUACUGAUGAAUCUGACGAAACGUUUCGGCGAACGUAUCGCGGUCGACCACAUCUGCUGCGGGGUGUCGCAGAGGGAGUGCUUCGGUCUGCUGGGCAUCAACGACGCGGGGAAAACCGUUACCAUGGAGAUGAUCGUCGGUCACGUGCCCAUCUCCGGCGGCACCGUCAUCUACAAUGGCAUCGACCUGAGAAACGACUUCGACAAUCUACGAGACACCAUUGGCUACUGUCCGCAAGCUGACCCACUGAUUGAAGAGCUGACCGCACGUGAGACCUUGACCAUGUUCUCACGUAUCCGAGGGAUCAGGACCGAGUACCUGGCCGGCCAUGUCAACCACCUGAUCGACAUGUUUCUCCUGCAGCCGUACGCCGACAAACUGGUCCGCGUCUACAGCGGCGGCACCAAGCGCAAACUCAGUGUGGCGGUUGCUCUGGUGGGGAACCCCAAGCUGAUCCUAUUGGACGAGCCGUCACGUGGUGUGGACCCCAAGUCGAGGCGACAUUUGUGGAACAUCCUGUCUGAGGUCAGGACGGCUGGUGCUACGGUGCUGCUCUCCACUCACAGUAUGGAAGAAUGCGACACGCUGUGUACACGUCUAGCCAUCAUGAUCAAAGGAAAGUUCCAGUGUAUAGGCAGCUCACAGGACUUGAAGAAUAAAUUCGGCAAGAGCUACUCCCUGACCAUUCAACUCGCCAAGCUGGACAACGGCAGCUUCGGUCCCGUCCCGCCCGUUGUUGAGUUCCUAGAGCAACGUUUACCCGGUAUUGAGCUGGUGGACGAACACCAAGGCUAUGUUUACUUCCGGUUUCCAACGGACGAGGUGGCGCUGUACAGCGUGUUCGCUGUUCUCGAGGCAGCCAAGUUCGCCUCUCUCAUCUCCGACUACUCCAUGCACCAAACGACGCUCGAGCAAGUUUUCCUCUCCCUGGCCAGGAAAUUCGCCGACGAGAAAAACGCCGACGUCGACAUUGAACAGUCUUUGUGUGAGCGCUGUAUUUGA